AUGAAGGUGCUGAACCGUUAUGAAGACUUCAAGCAGGAGGCGCGCGCCAAGCGCGAGAAGCUGGAAGACUCGCGCCGCUUCCAGUACUUCAAGCGCGAUGCUGAUGAGCUCGAGUCCUGGAUUCAGGAGAAGCUGCAAGCCGCUAGCGAUGAGAGCUACAAAGAUCCCACCAACCUGCAGGCCAAGAUCCAGAAACACCAAGCAUUCGAGGCGGAGGUGGCAGCGCAUUCUAACGCUAUUGUGGUCCUCGACAACACGGGCAGUGAGAUGAUAGCAGCCAACCACUUUGACGCGGACGCACUGCGCGCGCUCUGGGAGCAGCGCCGCGUCCUCUACCUGCAGUGCAUGGACCUGCAGCUCUUCUACCGCGACACGGAGCAGGCAGACGCAUGGAUGCACAAGCAGGAGGCUUUCCUCGCUAACGAAGAUGUGGGCGACUCGCUGGACUCUGUGGAGGCGUUGUUAAAGAAACACGAAGACUUUGAGAAGUCGCUCGCCGCUCAAGAAGAGAAGAUCAAAGCGCUGGACGAGUUCGCUUCCAAGUUAAUUGACGGACAGCAUUACGCUGCCGAUGAUGUCGCACAGAGGAGAGAGAUGUUAUUGGAAAGACGCGCUGCUCUAUUGGAAAAGUCAAAUCAGCGCCGUGCCCUUCUCGAAGACGCAUACAAGUAUCAGCAAUUCGAGAGAGAUUGUGACGAAACUAAAGGGUGGAUCAACGAGAAGUUAAACGACGAGAUCACCGCCGCCGGCUCACGACUGCUAGAGCAGGAACACUUCGCGCAACCUCAAAUCGAGUCCCGUCUGGGCGAGCUGGCGGGCAUGUGGGAGCGGCUGGUGCAGGCGUCGGAGCUGAAAGGCAGCAAGCUGCAAGAAGCGGCCGCACAGCAGCAGUUCAACCGCGCCAGCGAGGACAUCGAGCUCUGGCUCUCGGAAGUAGAGGGACAGCUGCUCAGCGAGGACUAUGGAAAGGAUCUGACGAGCGUACAGAACCUGCAGAAGAAGAAAUUCUUGCAGCGUAAACAAGACCUGGAGGAUUCUUUGCAAGCACAGCAGUAUUUCGCGGACGCUAACGAGGCUGAGUCAUGGAUGCGCGAGAAGGAGCCGAUGGCCAACACUCAGGACUACGGCAAGGACGAGGACUCCUCCGAGGCUCUGCUCAAAAAACACGAGGCGUUGCUCUCCGACCUUGAGGCGUUCGGCAACACCAUUAAAGCACUGCGCGAACAGGCCAACUCUUGCAGGCAACAAGAGUCACCGGUGGUGGAUGUAUCGGGCAAGGAGUGCGUGGUGGCGCUCUACGACUACGCGGAGAAGUCCCCGCGCGAGGUCUCCAUGAAGCGCGGCGACGUGCUCACUCUACUCAACUCCAAUAACAAGGACUGGUGGAAGGUGGAGGUGAACGACCGCCAGGGCUUUGUGCCAGCCGCAUAUGUGAAGAAGAUCGAUGCCGGCCUCUCAUCCUCGCAGCAGAACCUCGCUGACUCCAGCUCUAUCGCUGCCCGACAGAACCAGAUUGAGGGCCAGUAUGACAACCUACUGGGGUUGGCGCGCGAGAGGCAGAACAAGCUGAACGAAACUGUGAAAGCUUAUGUGCUAGUACGUGAAGCCGCUGAACUUGCAACAUGGAUCAAAGACAAGGAGAUGCACGCGCAAGUGCAGGACGUGGGCGAGGACUUGGAGCAGGUGGAGGUGAUGCAGAAGAAGUUCGACGACUUCCAGAACGACUUGCGCGCUAAUGAGGUCCGUCUCGCAGAGAUGAACGAGAUCGCCGUCCAGCUUAUGACAGUCGGACAGACAGAAGCUGCGCUCAAGAUUAAGACUCAGAUGCAGAUGGCGACGCACGGCGACUGCGCAGACGCCACCUACAGCAAGCAGCGCGAGAUCAACGACGCCUGGCAGCAGCUGCAGGCGCGCGCCAACGCACGCAAGGAGAAGCUGCUGGACUCCUACGACCUGCAGAGAUUCCUGUCGGACUACCGUGAUCUGAUGGCCUGGAUCAACUCCAUGAUGGCGCUGGUGAGCUCGGAGGAACUGGCCAAUGAUGUGACUGGCGCCGAGGCGCUGCUGGAGAGACACCAGGAACACCGUACGGAGAUGGACGCGCGCGCGGGCACCUUCCAGGCGCUGGAGCUGUUCGGGCAGCAGCUGCUGCAGGGCGGCCACUACGCCAGCGUCGACAUACAGGAGAAGCUCAACGCCAUGGGCGACGCCAGACAGGAGCUCGAAAAGGCGUGGGUAGCGCGGCGUAUGAAGUUGGACCAGAACCUGGAGCUGCAGCUGUUCUACCGCGACUGCGAGCAGGCGGAGGGGUGGAUGGGGGCGCGCGAGGCAUUCCUCGCCCCCGCAGACCAGGCCGAGGACCAGGCAGACUCCGCCACCGCCGACAACGUGGAGCAGCUCAUCAAGAAGCACGAAGACUUCGAUAAGGCUAUCAAUGCUCAUGAGGAGAAGAUAGCACAGCUGCAGACGUUGGCGGACCAACUGAUCGCAUCAGACCACUACGCGGCGGAUCCCAUCGACAAGAAGCGCAAGCAGGUGCUCGACCGCUGGAGGCAUCUCAAGGAGGCACUCAUCGAGAAACGAUCCAGACUGGGCGACGAGCAGACAUUACAGCAGUUCUCGCGCGACGCCGACGAGAUGGAGAACUGGAUCGCAGAGAAGCUGCAGCUCGCCACAGAGGAGAGCUACAAGGAUCCUGCCAACAUCCAGUCGAAGCACCAGAAGCACCAGGCGUUCGAGGCGGAGCUGGCGGCGAACGCGGAGCGCAUCCAGUCCGUGCUGGCUAUGGGCGGCAACCUCGUGCAGCGCGGACAGUGCAGCGGCAGCGAGGACGCCGUACAGGCUCGUCUAGCGUCGAUCGCAGACCAGUGGGAAUUCCUGACGCAGAAGACGACGGAGAAGUCUCUCAAGCUGAAGGAGGCCAACAAGCAGCGUACUUACAUCGCCGCUGUCAAGGACCUAGACUUCUGGCUAGGAGAGGUGGAGAGCCUGUUGACGUCCGAGGAUUCCGGCAAAGACCUGGCCUCCGUGCAGAACUUGAUGAAGAAGCACCAGCUCGUAGAGGCAGACAUACAGGCGCACGAGGACAGGAUCGCCGACAUGAACACGCAGGCGGACGCGCUGGUCCUCAACCACCACGAGUUCAAGUCGUGUCUGCGCGCGCUCGGGUACGACCUGCCCAUGGUCGAGGAGGGACAACCAGACCCAGAGUUCGAGGCCAUACUCAACGUUGUGGAUCCGAACCGUGAUGGGCAGGUGUCGCUGCAGGAGUACAUGGCGUUCAUGAUCAGCAAGGAGACGGAGAACGUGCACUCCUCGGAGGAGAUCGAGAAUGCCUUCCGCGCGAUCACUGCGCACCAGGACCGCGCUUAUGUCACCAAGGAUGAGCUGUAUGCGAACCUUACAAAAGAGAUGGCGGACUACUGCGUGGCGCGCAUGAAGCCCUACGUGGAACCGAAGACGGAGCGACCCAUCCCCAACGCGCUCGACUACAUCGACUUCACGCGCACUCUCUUCCAGAACUAACCCCCUCCCCCACUGCCUGCCGACAACACACGCAGUAUCUUAUUAAAUUUAAGCUUACAAUA